GCCGCUUUAUAUCUUUCUGAAAAAAGACAGGCUGUGUUACAGACAGCGAGCGCUUCUGCCUUCUCCCACACCAUCUGGUUGUCUUCAAGGACACAAUAACCACACAGCAAGAUGUGCAAAGGAUUAGCAGCCUUACCCCACACAUGUCUGGAGAGAGCCAAAGAAAUCAAGACAAAAUUGGGCACCCUCCUCCAGAAGCCAGACUCAUCUAUUGACCUGAUUAUCCCUUACCCAGAGAAGCCGGCAAAGGUUCAAAAGCCUUCCCCAGAAGAAGCUUGGCAGUGGCGCAAUUCCUUGGAAAAGCUCCUUCAAAACCCUUGUAAGUCUUUUGUGAAUAUUGACCAUUUCACCAAGUCAGUGACCAUGAAGAAUCUGGUGGAACCAUCUGUAAGCACUUUUGACCUGGCCCAGAAGAGAAUCUUCAUGCUGAUGGAGAAGGAUUCCCUGCCCAGAUUUGUGCGAUCCAACUUAUAUGAAGAGUUAGUAAAAUAGCAGUGUGGCAAGCUGUGCAAGGCAUUGAUACACCAGCGCAGGGUCAUUGCUUCCUCCAGUCCCUAGUAAUCAACAUGUGUUAUUUAUAUGGAUAAUUGCUUUGCUUUGUAUUUAUUCCAGGCUUUAAAAACUUAAAGUCUGUGUUGUUAAACAUAGUGACCAUGCUAUACUGUUUUGGUCUUUAUUUUACUUCCUUACCUCUCUUUUUAUUUCCACUACUCAAUGUCACUGUCACAAAAAUUGGCUUAGAUAAUACCCCAACCAAAAGUAUGACACCAAUUAUUUACAUGCAAAAGACCAAAUUGUUUGUAUGACCUUCUGUCUGCCUUUGAUAUCAAGUUUGUAGAAUCAAGGACAACCCAGUUUUUAGAAUCUUAGGGAUAUACCAUUUGUCCUAAAAAGAAUUCUGACCUGGGUAGCCUACAAACAUUGUUCAGUUAGCAAGUUAGUAAUCAGAUACACAAUAUACACAUAGUUUUCAAUCCAUGUGACAAAUAUACGUUAUUGACAAUGAAGCAAUCACAAGUUAACCAGUAACUUCACAGUGUCAUAGACAAAAUAAAGGAGAAUGCAACAUGUAUAAAAGAAGGAAAAAAAUCAAGCCUCUAUUUGUCACAUAUCACUCAUAGCUAUGGAGAAGAUAGAAAACAGCAUGACUUAGUCAAGGGAAUACAAAACAAAAACACAGCCAUAAAAACAAUGUCUUUUGCUUUUUAGAUAAUUCUCAGUGAACUGUAUUUCAUAUUACUACCAGAAAUAAUGCUCUCACAAGAUUUUAACUACAAUUUAGCAGGUAAAUAUCUCAUUUGACUGCAUCCAUUUAUGAUGACAGCUAGUAUUUACUAUGUUGUCAUGAACCAAUGGAAACUAGUAAAUAUCAGCAUUUGCUACAUAAAGUAAGGAAAUAUUUAACAAGAAAUCCCUCAAAUGAAACCGAGUUAUCUUAAUAUGAGAAUCCUUGAAGUAUAUUUUGCAGUUUGUAGCAAGAAGGUGAUGAUUUUGGGUUUAUGAAAAAAAAUUCUAAAGUUAAUUAUAUGCAAAAGAACAAUUAUAUAUUACUGGAAUUAAAUAAUCAACUGAUCAGAGUUAAGCGGUUGAUCAAAAUCCUGGGCUGAUUUGUUAUUAAAAGAGCAGCUUGAUAAAACUCAUAAAUUGAUAUAUACCCUCACAGCUAGCAGACAAUAGACAUCAUAUAAUAAUGAAAUAGUUACAAUAUCCAUUUUUAAAUAAAAAGUCUUUUCAUAGAAGCUGAAGAAUAUUGAUCGGGACAAUUUGUCACCCAAAAAACUAAAUGCAUUCUACUAAAAUUUAUCCACUACUUCAUUAAAUCUUCUAUUUUUGCAGAUUUAAUCAGUCAAUAAAACCAGAUUUUAAGCUUUCUGUGGAAUAUACACAGUUUAGGGGAUUUCAGGUUGUGAAGGUUCUAUCUAUUAUUAAAUAGAGAAUAUUCACUCUUAGAAUAGCAGUGAUGGAUUCAGAAUCCUUUCUGCAGUGCUAAGAAUGUGAAAAAAUUCAAACUCUGCGCUAAAUGGCUAUUACUAAAAUAUUUAGGAAAGGGGUAAGACUGAAUAAAUCAGCGGACCUGCCCAAACAGUAUGACUUGUUUAACAACCCAGACCUUAUGUUGCUUCUCUUAUCUAUUUCUUUUCCGUAUUAAAUUUAUAAGUGUUAUAUUUUUAUAAUGGCCCUGCACAAAUUCCAGUGUCCAUGCACAGCUUUAAAUAACCUCCCUGAAAUCUUCUUAUAAAUUACGAUAAAAAUAUUUAAGCUGAACCUUAAGCUGAACCUCUGUCUGUAGCACACUUCCCAAAGUAUUAUUUUACCACACACUUUAACCACAAGAUUUAAAUCUUCUUGUAAUAUAUACUAUGUACUAGUAAGAUCAGUGACAUGAAUAGAAAAGGUAUCCAGAUAGAGUUGAAAAAAUGCAUUUAAUUUUUUUAAAAAAUAGACCAAUUGUACUAGUCUAAAAAUCAAUUUACAGUUAAAGCCUCUACUUUGAAAAAUACUAGUCAACCAUUCAAUAUAGGUGAGAAACCUUUCAAUGCUGUUUGCACAUCGUCAUUGGCUGUGGUGGAAGGCCAGGGCGAUUUCAUGUCAUGGCAGGAUGUGCACAGAGUCAGUUUCAAGCUGACAAGUUGUCUAACAUCAUCCAGCUAGAGGUUGAUUUAAAUUCCUCUCUAAUGUAAUAUUUUUUUCUGAUUUCUUUUUCUCAGAGACACAAAUGGUUGUAAUAUUUUAUUUUUAUCAAAAGGGGAGGUAAGCCAUAAUUAUUACCAUGCCCCUCAUAUGAUCUAGUGGAGCUCAUGCAAAAGAUGGUCAAACUGAAUUGGGCCCAAAUACUCCUAAUGUGGUUUAGUUUUUCCCUGCAUCCUGAGCAGCAAAAGGAAAAGAAAAAAACAGGGGGGAAGGGACCCAAGUGCUCUGGUUCCCUUGUUUUUUUUUUCUUACUUUAUCCUUCUACACAUCAGUAUCCUCUUCUUACUUCAUUAGGUUUCAGUUGCCUCAUUCCUGCCCCAUAAUAUUCAUUUUUCCAACUGCUAAGUGCCAGCCUUUAGCACUUAGGCAACCAAUCCAACUACCAAUAGUGACUAAACAGCACUGGAUCUUGCAUCUCUCUUCUUAGAGUGCUCUCAGUUGAAUGAGCAUUUAAUAGCGUAACAAAUGUAGAUUUGGCCUGUUAAAUAUAUCCAAAAAGAUAAGUUUCAGAAAAUUUCACCAGCCAGGUCAUCAUUUCCAGUUCUCUUGAACUGCUUAAUAAACAACAUCUGCUCUCCCAAGACAGAAAUAUUAGCAAACUGUCUGGCCUUUUAAGAAAAGUCAAGUUGAAAGGAAAUACCACAGAAUAACUACUCUACAAUGCUUUAAUUAUCUUCUUCUCUUGAAAAAAAAGAUAAAAAAAUGAGAGAUUGAUCCUUGUGAAAUUGUGAGGGGAUUAUGUAAUUAUUUCCAGAGUCCAUUUUGGAGAGCAUGUCCAUCCUACUGGCUCACAAGUCAUUAAGAUCCUGGAGGGAAUUUUCCAGUUACAGCCAUAGCAACUGGUGCCUUAGGCAAACCAAGCACUUGGUUCUUCACUCUCAAACCCUAAGGGUAGAUUUCUGUCCUGAAAUCUGAAGGAGCUUGUCAAUAAGUUUAACCCAGCAGUCUCCUUACUUGGCUCUAUGACAUCCCUAUUGACUUGAAAUGGAAUAAACAAAGGUUCAACAAGUUUGUUAAAAUCGUAGUAAAAAAAUAACUUAUAAAUGUUGCUUCCACACUAACAGGCUAAAUAUAUCAUGCAUGGCUAAAGAUUAGGGUUAAAUCUCAGCAACAUCAUGAGAAUUAAAAAGUUAUGCAUUAUUUUUUUCCUAACUUCACUGCACAGAAUAUAUUAGGCUAAAUUCUCUCCAUGCAUCUAAAAAUGGAAAUAUUUAGGUAUGUUUUGUCUCUUGAAAUGGGUAUAGGAUUUGGAUUCAAAUUUAUAUCAGAACAUGAUAAUUAUACAGACUUCUCUAGCUCAUUAUUAUAUUAUUCUCAAUGGCUAUUGUUGGUUCAUUCUGGAUAGAAAGCAAUGUGAUUAUAAUUGUAAAAGUUUUGAAUUGGGUGUGGCUAUGAGCAUUCUGUACAAAAGGUUUAUCUUUAGGAGUUGUCCUGUUUUGAUUCCUUAUAGGUACAGUAUAUUUAUAGACCACAGUUUUAAAGCAACUUCAAAAUCAAAUAUACUUAGGGUUUGAGGGUGGGGAUCAACUGCUUGGUUUGCCUAGGACACCAGUUGCUAGCAACUGGAUUAGAGACAUCACUGAGGGUGGCUUGUUAGAAGCACAUUUCAGACCUAGUGUUCCUCAAGGUAUGGCAUGGGAUGUAGGUUCAGAUGGUCAAAUAUACUUUUCUCUUGUUCACUCUGCCUCUUCUUUAAGUCCUGGGUGCAUGGCACGAAUGAGGUCCUCAUAUUUUAUUCUGAUACCAACAACUCUAUGAGGUAGAUCAAGCUGAGCAAAAGGAAGCUGUUGAAGGCUGUCCAACAAAUUUCCUGACUGAUUUUCAACAUCCAAAGUGCAAUACACCAGGGGACAAUCUGCUUCUCACUUCAAAGCCACUAUAACAACUAACAGAUGAGCAGCACUUAAUAAAACUAAUGAAAUACUCUCAAAGAUUCUUCAUAUUUGUAAUUGCUAUUCAAGACCAAAAGAUGUCAAAUACAAAGAAAGAUAUUAAUUUCAAAGAAAUUUAGGGUGCUGUGCUCUACAACAAUGGAUUCUAAGUAGCAAUAGCACUUGGAUUUACAUAUUGCUUCACAGUGCUUUACAGCCCUCUCUAAGCAAUUUACCAAGUCAGCAUAUUGCCCCUGACAAUCUGGUUCCUCAUUUUAUUGACCUUGGAAGGAUGGAAGGCUGAAUCAGCCUUGAGCCAGUGAGACUUGAACUGCUGAACUGCAGGCAGCUGGCAGUUAGCAGAAGUAGCCUGCAGUACUGCAUUCUAACCACUGAGCCAUUACAGCUCUAGUAAUUUCCAAAAUGCGAUUAAUAAUAAAUUAUCUUCAUAUUCCCGGAUUUUCUUUAAUUGAGGCUAUUUUUUGAAUGGGAAGGAGAUAGAGACCGGAAAAAAAAUUACCCCAUUUCUUUUUCAUUUUUUGGGGGAAUGUAUUGCUUAUCAUAUUAGCAGACAUCCAUUAUUCUGAUUUGGUCUAGCAGAUAGAAGUAUCCAUAGCAAUGGUCACUGGCUUCAGCUUGGCAGGUGCAGCUGGGCAAGGGAAGCCCCAUAUCUUUUUACAUGCAUGUAAUGUGUGCAAUGCUAAAACGUGGCAGGGUUCAAGUCACUUGGUGGUGCCCACCAUUUUGUAGGCAGUGAAAGGAAAACAUUCAUCACAUGGUAUAAGAAUUUUAUUGUGAACAGGGAAAAAUCAGGUAAAUCAUAAUUGCAACUUUGACACAUUGCACAUUAUUCUCGCAAAGGUUUCACUUAAAGAUUCCAUUCAAAAUUGUGUCAUUUUUUGGUUUGCCACAGCAAAUACAAAUGUGAAAUGUUUCCUGAUUUUUGAGACAUAUUUUAACAAUAUCAGUAGAUCCAAACUACUGUUUACUUUUUGGUAAUCGAGACAUCUGCCAGACAUAAACUUCCAAUCUUUCACAUAAAAGUAGAGUUGUAAAAGACGUUGUAUUCUAUUUAAUUUAGAAGGCCAUGCAUGUCAUACUGUGCGUGAGGAAUAGGAGAGGGGGAGGGAGAGAAGAAGAGAGGAUUGCAGAUUUUUAUUAUGAUUAUUUUAGAUCCUGCUAGUGAGAUGGUGGUCUUGUCAUAGCUGAUAUAUUAUUUAUCCUAUUUUGAUUAUUAAAUAACACACAUUAGUUAUAUAUUUAUAUUCAUCUUACUUUUUUAUUAUUGCUUGUAGGCUUAUAUAUAAUAAAUAUUGUGUCAGGGUUCCAAGUAACAACCCCAAAGCAAUCAGAACUCUGAGGCCUAGAGUUUCCUCAAAGCAUAAUUUUAUUUGGGAUGUCAUAUUGGCAUGGCUGGUGAAAACCUGACUCUGAAAGACCUGGAGUUUUCCUCACCAAAAUCAAAACCCAAAGUUCUUGCCCCCCAGGUCACAUGUCUAUCAUGUGCUCCAAUCAGGUUGCAGGCCCAACUCCAGUUGGCUUUGGUCCAUGCCCUUCCAACACCUGAUAAAACAUCCUUGGCUCCCACGGAAAAGAAUGCUAUUUUGGUUACACAUCCCCCAGCUUCCUCCAUCACGUUCCCACAGCUCCACCUGGCCUCGCUAUGGCAGCCCUGAAGAUGCUUCCAAAAUGGCUUCACGGCUGACAUAAUUGGCAAAGACCUCUAAAUUCUUCUCCUGCACAAACUGCAUGAAUGAAUAGAAUGUAAGCAAGUUGUAUUCUUCUAACACUUCUAUUCAUUCAGGCUGAGCAGAAAACUUUUCCAGUAGAUUUAACUAUGUAAUAACUUUUUUUCUAAAUGUGUAUGAUAUCUUUUGCUAGAGUAUAGUAAUUUGCGAUUUGAAAAGUGCAAGUCACAGAUGGAUAUCAGAUUAAAAAUAUAUAACCAGCUUUUCAUCCAGUCUUAAAUAAAGCAUGUCUUACCAUUUCAUAAAGUGCUUGUUGUUUUGUACAAUACUGUUAGGCAACUGCCUUUUGGAAACAAAAUAAAGGCAUAUGAAUA